UCCAGCCAUCCCUCUGCCUACGAUGAGAGGAUGAGAGUCUCUUGCCACCUCAGCUGUAGUCCCGCCAGGGGCCUAUGGGCCCCGGACAUGCCGUGAUCUGAGAACAAGGGCAGCCGCAGCCACCCCGGCAUCCUCAGCCAUGAAUGCCCAUCCCAAGGAGAUGGUGCCCCUUGUGGGCAAAAGAGCCGUCAUCCCCAGUGGGAACCCUGCCAUCCUGCAGGAGAAGAGGCCGGCCGAGAUCACCCCCACCAAGAAGAGCGCACACUUCUUCCUGGAGAUAGAAGGGUUUGAGCCCAACCCCACUGUCGCCAAGACCUCUCCCCCCAUCUUCUCCAAGCCCAUGGAUUCCAACAUCCGGCAGUGCACUUCUGGCAACUGCGAUGACAUGGACUCCCCGCAGUCUCCUCAGGAUGAUGUGACAGAGACCCCGUCCAAUCCCAACAGCCCCAGUGCCCACCUGGCCAAGGAAGAGCAGAGGCGCAAAAAGAAGCGGCUGAAGAAGCGCAUCUUUGCAGCUGUGUCUGAGGGCUGUGUGGAGGAGCUGGUGGAGCUGCUAAUGGAGCUGCAGGAGCUUUGCAAGCGGCGCCGUGGCCUGGACGUGUCUGACUUCCUCAUGCACAAGCUGACGGCCUCAGACACGGGGAAGACCUGCCUGAUGAAGGCCUUAUUAAACAUCAACCCCAACACCAAGGAGGUUGUGCGGAUCCUGCUCGCCUUCGCCGAGGAGAAUGACAUCCUGGACAGGUUCAUCAAUGCCGAGUACACGGAGGAGGCCUACCGAGGGCAGACGGCACUGAACAUCGCCAUCGAGCGGCGGCAGGGAGACAUCACCGCCCUGCUCAUCCACGCCGGCGCCGACGUCAACGCCCACGCCAAGGGGGUCUUCUUCAACCCCAAGUACCAGCACGAAGGCUUCUACUUCGGCGAGACGCCCCUGGCCCUGGCCGCCUGCACCAACCAGCCUGAGAUUGUGCAGCUGCUGAUGGAGCACGAGCAGACGGACAUCACCUCGCAGGACUCCCGGGGCAACAACAUCCUGCACGCGCUGGUGACCGUGGCCGAGGACUUCAAGACGCAGAACGACUUCGUCAAACGCAUGUACGACAUGAUCCUGCUAAGAAGCGGCACCUGGGGGCUCGAGACCACGCGCAACAAGGACGGCCUCACGCCCCUGCAGCUGGCCGCCAAGAUGGGCAAGGCCGAGAUCCUCAAGUACAUCCUCAGUCGUGAGAUCAAGGACAAGCGGCUCCGGAGCCUGUCCAGGAAGUUCACCGACUGGGCGUACGGGCCCGUGUCCUCCUCGCUCUACGACCUCACCAACGUGGACACCACGACGGAAAACUCGGUGCUGGAAAUCAUUGUCUAUAACACCAACAUCGACAACCGGCAUGAAAUGCUGACCCUGGAGCCCCUGCACACGCUGCUGCAUAUGAAGUGGAAGAAGUUUGCCAAGUACAUGUUCUUCCUGUCCUUCUGCUUCUAUUUCUUCUACAACAUCACCCUGACCCUCGUCUCUUACUACCGGCCCCGGGAGGUAGAGGCCCUGCCGCACCCCUUGGCCCUCACGCACAAAAUGGGGUGGCUGCAGCUUCUAGGACGGAUGUUUGUGCUCAUCUGGGCCAUGUGUAUUUCUGUGAAAGAGGGCAUCGCGAUCUUCCUGCUGAGACCUUCAGAUCUGCAGUCCAUCCUCUCUGAUGCCUGGUUUCACUUUGUCUUUUUUGUCCAAGCUGUGCUUGUGAUACUGUCUGUCUUCUUGUACUUGUUUGCCUACAAAGAGUACCUCGCCUGCCUCGUGCUGGCUAUGGCCCUGGGCUGGGCGAACAUGCUCUACUACACGCGGGGGUUCCAGUCCAUGGGCAUGUACAGCGUCAUGAUCCAGAAGGUCAUUUUGCAUGAUGUUCUGAAAUUCCUGUUUGUAUAUAUCGUGUUCUUGCUUGGAUUUGGAGUAGCCCUGGCCUCUCUGAUCGAGAAGUGUUCUAAGGACAAUAAGGACUGUACCUCCUACGGCAGCUUCAGUGACGCGGUGCUGGAACUCUUCAAGCUCACCAUAGGCCUGGGUGACCUAAACAUCCAGCAGAACUCCAAGUACCCCAUUCUCUUCCUGUUCCUGCUCAUCACCUACGUCAUCCUCACCUUCGUCCUUCUCCUCAACAUGCUCAUUGCCCUAAUGGGAGAGACCGUGGAGGACGUCUCCAAGGAGAGUGAGCGCAUCUGGCGCCUCCAGAGAGCCAGGACGAUCUUGGAGUUUGAGAAAAUGUUACCAGAAUGGCUGAGGAGCAGGUUCCGGAUGGGAGAGCUGUGCAAAGUGGCCGAGGAAGAUUUCCGACUGUGUUUGCGGAUCAACGAGGUGAAGUGGACUGAAUGGAAAACGCACGUCUCCUUCCUCAACGAAGAUCCGGGGCCCGGGAGACGGACAGAUUUCAACAAAAUCCAGGAUUCCUCCAGGAGCAACAGCAAAACCACCCUCAAUGCAUUUGAUGAAAUGGAAGAAUUUCCAGAAACUUCCGUGUAGAAGCAGGACCUGGAGCUGUGGGCGCAUGGGCCAUCCGAGGUUGCAGGCUGGGUCCUGGACUUGGUGCAGAGGGCUUCACAGAGUGAUGGAGCCUGGCUGCCCCCGCAGAGAUGAGGAAAGCACCCUCAUGCCUAGUCGGUG